CUCCAGGCUCCACCUGGAAGCUAGCAACAUGCGGCAGAGUGUGCUUAAAUAUACUUUCUACUGGAGGGAGAGUAACAUAGGUUGAAUAAGUCCUGAAAUGGAGAAGCAAUUACAAGUUCUACAGGAACAAAUUAUGGCCAGAUCUGUCCCGUGUGAUGCUGAGCUUCAAGAACUAAUGCAUCAGAUUGACAUAAUGGUAAACAACAAGAAGCAAGAAUGGGAAAAGAAGAUGGAGGCUUUAGAAGUCAGAAUGUCUGUCCGGGAUCAAGAACUGGCAAAUGCACAGAGCAAGUUAGAUCAGAAGGGUCAAGAGGUUGGGCUGCUAAAACAGAAGUUGGACAGUUUGCAGAAGACUAAAUAUGAGAUGACCCAGAAUUAUAAUGCACAACUUCAAGGCCUGAAAGCUCAAUUUGCCAAGCUGACACAAAGCUACGAAAAGCUACAACUGCACCAAUUAAAACAAAAUAAAGCUCAGGGGAAGGGACAAGGUACAGAAAGCCAAGAAACACCAUUUCAGCUGAGCAGUUUAAACCAGAAAUUAGAGGAAUUUAAAGCUAAAUCAAGAGAAUGGGAUAAACAAGAAACACAGUAUCAAAACCAUCUCGUUUCCUUAGAUGCUCAGCGGAAAUUGUUGUCUGAGAAAUGUAAUCUGUUUCAGAAACAAGCACAGAAUUGCCAAAUCCAGAUACGUUGCCAAAAGCAAAACCAGAAAGAGGAGGGCCUCUGCAGCCAGUGCAAAACGGAGCACCUCAGCUAUUGCCAGGAUGUUUUCCCCGAGCCCACUGAGAGAAAUGAAUUUUUUCUGGAAAAACUGAAGUCCACUGUGAGUGAAAUAGCAGUGAGCAGGAACAGGCUGCAGGAGGAAAACCUCAAGCUCCAGCAGGAAGUAAAAAUGUACCAAAGAAAGUCCCAGAACACUGAAGCUAGGCUUACAGAAGUGAAAAAUGAACUGCAGUCACGUGGGGAUCUCUUGAAUAUGGUAGAACGGGAAUGCCAUCAGUUGCGGAAAGAAGUUGCCAAAAUAGAAGACUAUAAAAAUAAGGAAGACAAUCAAGUGAAGCUUCAGUCGGCUUAUGCCCAGUGCAUCAAGGAACUGGAGACAAAAAAAGUUGAGAUGCUUGUCUUGGAACAGCAGCACGAAAAUCAACAGAAAGAGCUAAACCAGAUAAGGGACCGUCUUUAUCAGGAAGAGCAGUCCCAUCGCUCUGAGGUGGAAAGAAUGAGGACAGAAAUCUCUGACCUGACAGAAGAGCUUCAUCAGAGGGAGAUCACUAUAGCAACUAUCACGGAGAAAGCUGCUCUUCUGGAAAGGCAGUUACAAAUGAAAUUAGAGAUAAAAGAGAAAAUGUUAGGAAAACAACAGAUGAUAGAUUUGUCUAAGAAAGAACACAAGGCCUAUUCAGAUUCCGCUCAUAUGCUGGGGCAUGAGGAUGAAAGUUUACACAAAGAACUCAUUAAAUUGCCAGAGGGCACAGAAACGUCUUUCCCGGUGAACUCCCUUACAUGCUGCAGGAGAAACCGUGCCAACCAUGCUGCAGUUCAAAUGCAAGAAAAGGAAGCGAGGCCAAUGCCGAAUGAAAAUGAAUGGACAAUACAACCUGCAACUUAUGAAACCUUGGCCCCCCACAGAGUCCAAAUUCCAGCAUGGCAAGGCCAAGGGGACAUUGUCAGCACUGAAAACAGGACAAAUCUGUCUCCUCCAAUACCCUGCAGAGAUCGUGAACCUACAGUAGAUGGUAGAUCUCCAUCGCCACCAGAGGUACAUCCUGUCUAUCACACCAGUUACUUUCCUGAAAGAAUUCAGUCUGAUGUGCUGCUCAGCCAUCUCCAUGUUAUAGAAGAAAGCCAGAUGCCUUCCCUGGAGAGCUCGUUUCCUGUAACCGCAACAGAGAAGUUCCUCCAAGAGGAAGAGAAGCGAGUGAGAGACUUUGAAAAGGUUUUAAACUCACACAUUGAGGAACUGCAAAGGCAGUCAGAGAAUACCCUAAAGAAAUACGCCGGUCUCAAGCAAAGCCGACUCAGAUGAGUCUGGGAAAAUAAACGCUGAAAUGUAGUUACAAUCCCAACACCAACCCUCCGCUCUACCAUCUAAAAAAAAAAAAGAUUUACCCACAAGACAAAGAAGUGUUUGUAAUGUGAGAUUUUUAUAUAUAGUUUGCCUGCGGAUUUAGUUUCAACAUGACUAUUGUGUAUUGCAGAGUGUAUGAGGUC